UCACUGGUUUCCCUUCGGAGAUUCUAAGGGAGGUAUGGAGUUAAUUUGUUUGUAUAGAACUUCAAGUGCUAGAAACAUUUGUACGUCUAAAUUGUGCGAUAUUUGCUCCAGGAGGAGCCAAAUGUCGUACGCUGUGCCACCCUCCUGUGGGGCUUGCAUGUAUUUGGAGCGCCCAAAUUGGUGGACCAAUUUAUGUGAGGGGCUUUCCGAAUCAUCCAAGCUUGACCGGGACUUCUGUUGGUACCGAUUCAGUCUGCCCCUUGGUCCGAAUAGAAGAAGAGGCGUUCCUACUAUUGCUUGCUUCGGCAAGCAGUGCAUGAUUUCAUUGGGGGAUGAUGCUUCUUCUUUCCUUGGCCACUUGCUUAAGUCCAAGAGAAACAAUCAGAAAUUUUGAAGCACCACCACCACUUAUGAGGUUGCCGGUUUCUUGUUCCAUU